AAAAUCCCACAAUACCCAUCAACCAUUACUCCAAACAUCUUGAAAAUGAUUCACAUUCUCUUGAUUGUUAGCUCUCUCUUCACCUUCUCCGCCUAUGCUGCCGUCCAAGACUUCUGUGUCGCGGACCUAAAAGGUCCAGACACCCCAGCGGGCUACACCUGCAAGCCUGCUGCCAAAGUCACUACUGCUGACUUUGUGUCAACCCUAGGGGCUUCUGGAAACACUUCCAACAUCAUCAAAGCGGCCGUCACUCCAGCCUUCGCUGAGCAAUUUCCUGGUGUGAAUGGGCUCGGUAUCUCCAUUGCUCGGCUGGACUUAGCCGCUGGUGGUGUGGUCCCAAUGCACACUCAUCCGGGUGCCUCUGAGCUCUUGCUUGUGACACAAGGGUUUAUUACCGCCGGUUUUGUCUCCUCGGCUAAUAAGGUUUAUGUCAAGACCUUGAAGAAGGGUGACAUUAUGUUGUUCCCACAAGGGUUGUUGCAUUUUCAAGUGAAUGCUGGUGGUUUUACAUCGGUCGCAUUUGCUAGCUUCAGUAGCGCGACACCUGGCCUACAGAUUCUUGAUUUCGCGUUGUUUGCUAACGAUUUGCCAUCGAAAUUGGUGGAGGCAACUACUUUCCUUGAUGAUGCUACUGUGAAGGCGCUCAAGGCUGUUCUUGGUGGAACUGGCUAAACUUGUUGAUUGCAUUUCAUUUGCUCAUCAUUCUUUGUGUUGGUUAUCAGUUUUUUUUUUUUUUUUUGUAUUGUUUAUCAUGUCGUCAUUAACAUUAUUCAUGAUUAAUGACAUUCUAUGUUUGUUUGAACUUGAGGACUUUUAGUGUUCACAAGUUAAUUUGAUGUAUUGCUAUCAUUUUAAUUA